AUGUCAGUAUCUGUCUGUGGUCUGUGCUCUGUGUCUGGUGAUCUCCCUGAUUUUUUUAAAAUAAUUUUGAUUUUUUCAGAAAUUUGAAAAUUUUAAUAUUGUAUGUGACAUUUUUUGUGAUACAUUAACGUUCGAAAUCGGUUGAGAUGGCGGCAAGAAUAAUGAGGAAGUCUCCAUUUUCGUUGGGGCAAUUAUUACAGAGAGGCCAAUCUACAAUGUCAGCAUUUGAAAUCCAACACAAAACCCCCCUCAUCAGGAAAUCAAGUCCCAUACCAGUGGCUCUAUAUGGUGGUCGCAAUGCUGUAUCUAUGUUACCUGGAGGAGGUAUUGGUCCUGAACUGAUGAAUUAUGUCAGAGAAGUAUUCAAGUACGCUGGAGCACCAGUAGAUUUUGAAGUCAUUGAUAUUGACCCUAAAAGUGAUGAGAAUGCAGGGUUAGAUUAUGCAAUUACAUCCAUCAAAAGAAAUGGAGUAGCUAUUAAGGGUAAUAUUGAAACCAAAAGUGAGAGUGCUGGUGUUUUAUCAAGAAAUGUAGCUAUAAGGAAUGAAUUGGAUUUGUAUGUCAAUAUUCUCCAUUGUAAAUCUUAUCUUGGAGUCCCUGCUAGGCAGAAGGAUAUUGAUAUUGUUAUCAUCAGACAGAAUACUGAAGGUGAAUAUGCCAUGUUGGAACAUGAGAGUGUGGAUGGUGUUGUGGAAAGUAUGAAAAUUGUUACUGAGACAAAUUCUGUAAGAGUUGCAAGAUUUGCUUUUGAAUGGGCAAAGAGGAAUGGCCGAAAGAAGAUAACUACUAUUCAUAAAGCUAACAUCAUGAAACUUUCUGAUGGCCUAUUCCUUGAUACAUCCAAAAAGAUAGCAGCAGAAUACCCAGAAAUUGAACACAAUGAUAUGAUUAUUGACAACUGCUGCAUGCAACUUGUCUCAAAACCACAUCAAUUUGACGUUAUGAUAAUGACAAAUCUAUAUGGCAGUAUCGUUUCAAAUGUCGUUUGUGGAUUGAUAGGAGGUGCAGGACUACUCUCUGGUAGAAAUUAUGGUGAUCACUAUGCUGUGUUUGAACCAGGUACCCGUAAUACAGGCACAGCUAUAUCUGGAAAGAAUAUUGCAAACCCCAUUGCAAUGUUGAGUGCUAGUAUUGAAAUGCUCAAGCAUUUGGGACACUUCCAACAUGCCAAUUUGAUUCAGAGGGCUAUUGAAAAAACCAUUUGUGAAGAUAAAAUUCACACACCAGAUUUGGGUGGUACUGCAAAGAGUACAGACGUUAUUCAGAGAAUCAUCGACCACAUUUUACAGGCAGACAUCAGACCAUGAUUACCAACAAAGUAUUAACUAACAUACUCUUAUCUCUCUUGUUAUUUAUUUUAAAUUAUUUUAUCUAUAGUUUGUAAAUAAAUACAAAUUCAGAAUUUAGAAUAACUUUAUUGCCAAUAAUCUAUAAUUCUUUGAAAAACAAAACAACCAGAACACAAACUUGAUAUUAUGUAUUCAUUUGUAUACAAAAUAAAAAACAGGAAUGUGCUCGUUUCCAGCGG